AUGGCGGCCGCACCGCUAGGAUCUGCGACCGCUGCUGGCAGCGACGCUGCAGGCACCCCAGACGUCGGCCCUGGGGCAGAACUGCCCUACUUAGGCAGUCGAAUUUCUCUCAUUUCCAACACGGAAAUCCGUUACGAAGGUAUUCUGGACUCCAUCAAUGCGGAGCAAGCCACGGUGGCCCUCCGCAUGGUGCGGUCCCUGGGGACGGAAGGAAGGAGACAUCCAGACGACAUCCCGCCGUCUCCGCAAGUCUACGACUACAUCGUGUUCAAAGGAUCGGACAUCAAGGACUUGACUGUUUGCUCGGAGCCGGAUCCGUCGCUGGUUAGUCACCUGAGCGCGUUUCCCCCUGACCCUGCCAUUGUUUCCAUGUCUGGGCCGUCUGGCAAUGGACACGGCUUCACGUCUCCCGCACCGGCACUGUCGGAUCCGCUUUACAUGGACUCUUCCUCGGGGGCGUUGGGCUCUGCCCGCCGCCACGAAGGUGUCUCCUCGCCCUCGCUGAUGGGGGCGACGCCGCACGGCCUGCUGCCCCUGAAUGCGCCCUCGUCGCUCCCGAAUGCCGGCAUUCUGGGAGUCCCUGGCGGUCUGCCGUCGCCCUUCGCUGGGAACGCCUCGCCCCUGUUGAGCGCGGAGCCGCACCCUGCGCCCCUGGUGGGGCCCGACGCAGGCUUCCCCGUGUAUCCUGCUGGCGGGACAGGGUGCGCGGGCGAGGUCGAGGCCAGCUUCCUCGGUAACGCCAGCGCCCAGCCGUCUUCGCCUCCCAGCCAGCAUGCGGGGCGCGGACCCGGUCUGCAGUACGCGCUGAACGAGGAGGACAUCUUGCACGCAAGAGACGAGGGUUUGGUGCCCUUCUCAGGCUCGAACUAUGGGCGUGGCCGCGGCGCCGGAGGCUACAACCGUGGCCCGAAAAAUGCGCAGCACCGGGGCUACUACAGCGCCGGCGGCCCUGGGCGCGGCGGGUAUUACGGCAUGCGCAAGAACGGGUACUACGGGGCCCCCGGCGGACCCGAACAGGGCCGCAGGGGCUACCACCAGAGAAACCCCAUCGGCGAACUCAAGAGCCACCCGAACGAACAGCUGAAGAGCGAAACCGCUCAGGACUUCGACUUUGAAAAAAUGAACAAACAAUUUGCGAAACCCACUUCGCUGCCACCGACGGAGAGGACCGAUGAGAAGGGCCGGGGCGUCGAGUGCGGUGAGGAGUUGGGGGGUGAGAAGAAGAAGCCGUACGACAAAAAUGAGUCGUUCUUCGAUUCGAUUUCUUGUGAAGCGCUGGACAAACAACAGGGUCGCGAGGAGCGGUUCGAUCGACAGAAGCAAAGGGAGCUCGAUGUGAGCACCUUCGGCUCUCAAGCUGCGCACUACCGACCCCUCCAGGGCUGGGGCGGCCCGGGGCGGGGCCGCCGCGGAGGCAGAGGCGGCCGCAGAGGUCGAGGAGGCAGAGGCAGGGGAGGACGCGGAGGUGACGAGAUGUAAGGCACAGCAGUGAGCGUCUUUUGCAAACUCCAAGCUCUUUAGAGCAAGGGGCUAAUGCGAGGAAACAAUCGUGUGGGCGCGUCUCCACGUGUGCUCUGCGCCGAGAGGAAGUGUUAGGUCUCAGAAAUCCGGGUCGACGCGAACCCGUGAGGAGAGGACCUGGAGAGCUGUCGGUGACCGACGAAGGCGGCAAGACGACCUUUCCCUGGUGCAGGAGAGAAACGCGUUGUUUCGUUUAUGGAGCGCAGAGUGGCCCUUGUAAAGCAAGCGAACGGGAGCGGCGGCGCCGCAGCGAAGGAGAGCAGACAUCUAGAUUGUUGGUGUGUAGAGACCACAGGAGACGUGAACGAAAAGAGCGCGAGGCGGACCUAAGCGGGACACUCAAGCUCAAGUAGACAAAAAAGAUUAGGGCGCAGGGAGGCGGCUUUCUUUUUUCAAUGCAGAAACGGGGCAAUGGAGGGAGAGAGAAAAAGACAGACCAACAGCGGAUCACUGUUGUCUCACGUUUUAGGGAGUUAAACGAUGGACGUGCAGAACGUGCAUGGAUCCAGAAGCUAGAUUAUGAUGUAACUUGAUUCGGUCGUGUCUUCCAGGUGAAGGUGGACGAGGGUA